AUGAAGACGAUCCUAGCGUCCGAGACGAUGGACAUUCCUAAGGACGUGAAGCUGGAGAUUAAGGCGAAGAAGGUCCGCGUAACUGGGCCACGUGGCAAGCUGUUUAGGGACUUCCGUCACCUGAACCUCGAUUUCCAAAUCGUCGAGGACGGGGCGAAGCUUAAGGUCGAUGCGUGGUUCGGCACGCGCAAGACGAUGGCGUCGAUUAGAACGGCCAUCAGCCACGUGCAGAAUCUGAUCAAGGGCGUGACGGUGGGCUUCAAGUACAAGAUGCGCCUCGUGUACGCUCAUUUCCCCAUCAACUCGAGCAUCAGCGGCUCCGCCGACAGCAUCGAGAUCCGAAACUUCCUGGGCGAGAAGAAGGCACAGUAUAAGCUGGCGGUUGAAGACGCGGAGCUGCAUGCUGCUGUGGAUGAAUUCCACGUGCGCAGCGGUGAGGCGAUGGUGCGCAAGGUGGCGAUGCUGGAGGGCGUGACGAUAACGCGGUCGGAGAAGGUGAAGGACGAGCUCAUCCUCGAGGGCAACGACAUCGAGCUCGUCUCACGCUCCGCCGCGCUCAUCAACCAGGUUUGCCAUGUGAAGAAGAAGGACAUUCGGAAGUUCCUGGAUGGCAUCUAUGUGAGCGAGAAGGGCAACGUUGUGGAGGAGGCCUGA